UCAAUUUGGAUUUGAACGAGAACCUAAACUCUAAAACAAAACGAAAACGAAAACAAAACAUACGAUUGCAUAUCUGUGAAAGGAAACAGGAAAAAGAGAACGAGCCAAGUGAAAAUAAAUGUGUUACAAUAGAUACCCUUUGAAGUCGAUUUUUUGUAGUGUUUUUUUUUGAGUGCGCAAAAGUCUUUGUGAAUGAAAUAAUACAUGUGAUACAGUUGGAGAAAUAAAAAAGAUAAAACGAAAAAAUUUAAUAAUAAACAUUGUGUUGUCUUAACGAGAGUAAUAAUAAUAACAAUAAUAAAUGCAGUGACAAAAGUCGAUACAAGUGCAGCGAAAAAUGAAAGGCAACCAGCGCCGGAAAAACUUUAAGCAACUGAACAAAAUUUAGUAGCUAAUAAAGAAGUUUAAACUGGCUCCAAGCAGCUAGCAACCAGCAAAAAUAUAAAAUAUAUAAUAUUCUUAAAAAACCAAUCCAAAAAUCCAAAAAAAACUGAACCGCCAUCAAACGAAAUUCAAAACGAGCCAAUUUGUGGUGUUUAUUAUUUAUUUAUAUGCAAAUUUAUUUUUACAACAACUUGGUAUUAACCCACAAUCGAACCACAACAACAACAACAAAAGCCGGGGAAGAUAAAGAAGAAGCAUCGAAAGCAAAAGCAGCGCACCUUCUUCGACUUCGACUUCGACGUCUUUGUUUUGGGAUAUAAAACAGCAAAAAACUACCCCUGCCAACAACCAAACCAAACGCAACAAGAAGAAUUGACAUUCCGCAAAAAUAUUGUCCGCGCGAUUGGAAAGACCUUUUUUCACUGCGGCUCGACCACUUCACAUAUCAUUUGGCUUUAUGUGGCCUGACUUGGGCGCUAGCCAGGAGUAAGCGAUCGGUGAUCGGUCCCGAGAAGAUGGCUCCGCCAAACUGUCUGCUGGCGGUGCUGGCGCUCACGGUUUUCCUGGGGGCCAACAACGCACUGCCUAUCACCUCGCGCCCCAUCGAGGGGAAUGUGCAGCGGAUGGUGUGGGAGGAUUGGGUGAACCUGGACCCAGAGCAGAGAAACCUCACCAAGGAGAAGAAGAUCACCGCCAAGUCGAUAUUUACGCUACCGUUUCGCCACUGUCCGCAGGGUCACACGCUGUUCAACCAGCUUUGCAUCCCGCAGUCCAACAUUGAUCCCACGGAUCUGAUCAAGCAGGAACUCAUCCUGGCCGGUGGCUCCAAUGGCAAUCCCCCACCGCCGCCCAUUGGAGACUACGACUACGGGGAUGACGAGGAGAGUGAGGAAAUCGUGUACGACCUUUCGGUAAUACCAACAGCCAUGCAGGAUGGCAUCCCGCCCAGCGUUGGCGACGGGGAUCAAGCCCUGCCCAGCGAGGAUGCCCCACUGAAAUUCAACAUUUUCGAGAAGAAAUUCCCCACGGGCACGGGAGAGUCCGAGGAGCUGCCACUGCCGCCGGACAUGGUGGCUGCAACAUAUGCCAAAAACAGCAGUGCCACAGCAGAAACAUCAACUAGCACAGCGCCCACGUCACCGACGACUGUUGCCAUAGCGGCAGUUCCUUCGGCAGAGCCCAGUAAGCCCAUUUCCGGCGGCGAUUUGAUGGCGGCCCCCAGUGAUGCCUUCUCCACAUCGACAACACUUACCAUGCCCAGCAGCAACUCUACCACCACCACCACCACCACCAACGGGGACGUUGUUAACCAAGUGGAGGCCAUUGUGUUGCCGGCGGAUCAGGCGCACGAUGGCUCUCUGCACCUGGUGACCAGUUCCCUCACCGACAAUGACAGCGAUGACUCCUCUGCCACAGUGAAUGGAUUUAACGCGGAGGCGGAUCUGGCCCAACUGCUCAAGGUCGACGCCUUUUUGCCGGCCUACGAUGGCAGCAUUGAGUUGUUGCCGCCGCUUUUCAGUCAUCGCAAGGUGGCGCCGCCGCUGAGCGCAGACCAGGAUGUAAACACCAAACAGGCGGUUGAGGCUGCAGAGAAGGUGGGAACGGAGCUGGAAGAGGAGGCGGAAGAGGAGGAGGUGACCGCUACGGACAUAGUACCAAGUGAGGAGGAGGAGUAUACCACAGAGACGGCAACGAGCACAGGAGACACAACUGUUGCGGAGGCGUCAAUGGAUACAUCGCCUGCCACCUCCACCUCCACCUCGGUCCAAUCACCAUCACAUCCGCCAGAAGAACCCGAGAUAGAUGAACGUGAAAAUCGCCUGGUCUUGAUAAAAUCGAAAGUGCAACCGGUUCAGUUAACGACAACAACUUCGGCAACAGCAACAGCAACAGCAACAACAGCAACAACUGCAGCUGAUGUUGCUGCUUCGAGCUCCUCAACUGACCGGUUUCACUAUCAGCAUUUUGUCGAAGAUGUUGCCGCCAGCAGUACCACGACGGCAACACCAGAGCCCAGCAGCAGCACUGCCGGCGAGCCGAUGGAGCAGUCCGAUAUGCCGGCGAGUGACAAUGACAAUUUAAUGACAAAUACAAUUGGCGGCCGCGGCGACGAGGAUGAUGAUGGGGGCCAUAAGGCCACCAGUGAAAUUGAUGUCCAACAGGAACUGCGGCUCAUCAACGAGCUGGUAAAGGGCAAGCAGCGAAAGCAGCAGCAGCAGCAGCAGCAACAGAAACAGCAGCUUGAGCCAACCAGUACAGAAGCGACUUCGGCGUCAGCGUCAGCGUCCAUAUCAACAUCAACAUCAACUGAGGAUUCCACCACUACAACAGCAACAGCAACAGCAUUCGCAAAUUGGUCAAAGGUGAUGCCGCAAUUAGGCCAGAGCACAUCUGAAUCAGCAGCCACAACAGAGACAGCUGCCACAUCGAGCCAGGUCAUUGAAAGCAGUUCGACCGCAGCGACAGCAGCAACAGAAGUUAAACAUUUAAGUAUUACUAAUCGUAGCAAUAGAAAUAGUAAAAUAAUAAGAGUAGAUCGCUUGGCCGAAGAGCCGGAAGGAACUGCCGCAUCUGAAUCAACUGCAGCAACCGCAGCAACUGCAGCAACUGCAGCAACUGCGGAAUCAGCAGCAACCUCCGCCACGCUUCCCAACAGCAGCAGCAACCCAGAUGGCUACACGCCCUUCUGGUGGCUACCGAGCAUUGGGUGGCGCCUGGACCGCCAGCUGGAUGGGAAUGGCGAGGAUCAGUCGCUGUUGCUGCGGUUCUUCAGCACAUUUCGCGGCAGCAACGCGGCAGCAACCACACGCUAAAAGCAACAUCAGCAGCAGCAGCAGCAACUCCUGGCUCUGGCCGGCGAUUAGAGCCACAGGAAGUAGCUGGGUGCCGCAUAGUCUAGUGCAGCAUAGUGUCGUGUUAGCAACAGCGUUUCAAUGGCGUGUUGAAGUUUGUUCACAGUUGUCUCACCUUUACACUCUUUCCUUUUCUCAGUAAAUAUUUAUUGUCUUUUAAUGUUUUAAUCGAAUGUCAAUUGUACAUAGCAUGUCCGAAACACUUACACUUACUUACUACUUAGCAACCACUUUUGCGUAUUUUUUUUGCCUUGGCGUUAUCAUACCUUAUUCUUUGUGUUAUUGCAACUGCUUUCUUUUUUAAGUUGUUGAUUUAAUUUUAGGGAAACUUUUUUUUACAUUACAAUAGUUUUAUAUGUGAGUGCUGCUGUCGUUGUUGCGAGCCUUAGCAAUAUUAAAUUGUGAUUACCUAGGCAUAUGAAUUGAUCGUUAGACUUAGGAAAUCGUAUUUGUAUACCCAGAAUCUUUUGAUGUAUCUUUUUUUUUACUACUAUUAUUACCCUGGUAACCCAAUAUGUUCAUAUAUGUGCGUACAAUCUGAGCAUUUGUUGUAGCUGUCUCAGUGUAUAUACAUUAGUGCAGAAACCUUUGAAGUCAAAGCAUUUUUAAAUCCAAGCAUCUACUAAAACAACACGUGUAUCUAUACUUAGAAUGUAAGCGCAACAGUUAUGCUAAACAUUGUAGACACAAAUCGAAACUAAAGCCUAAAGAAUAGUGUAAUGCAUGUAUAUAUUUAUAGAAAAUGCGUUUCGAUCCAUUAACUCAAACUAAUCGAAUCGAAACGAAACGAAAAGAAACGAAUCAGGCACCCAACAUGUUUUUGUCAAUUGAAAUUCAACCAACAACCAAAGUUCAGAAGAAAAACAAAUGCAAAAAUGCAAAAAACGUCUAUUUAAUUGGCACAAUGGCGAUUGUGCGGCUGUGGUGCCUUCCUCACCAUUUGAUAGCUGGCCAAAAGUCUGCGUCUGGCCGAAAACUGGACGCUCGACUCUUUCCACUGCGAAUCGGCCAAAAUGACAAAAAGACAGACUCAAAAGGAACUAAAUAUUGAAGUGCUGGCCGACAGGUGGACAGAAGGACAGAUGGAAGCGUAAUGG